AGGGGAGCACCGAAGUCCCGCGUCCCAGUCGCCAUACCCUAGGCUACCCACCAUGGCGCUGGGCCUGGAGCAGUUCGAGGAACAGCGCUUGUACCAGCAGACACUCCUGCAGGACGGGCUCAAGGACAUGCUGGACCACGGCAAGUUCCUGGACUGUGUGGUGCGGGCGGGCGAGCGCGAAUUCCCGUGUCACCGCUUGGUGCUGGCCGCCUGCAGCCCCUACUUCCGGGCGCGCUUCCUGGCCGAGCCCGAGACCUCGGGCGAGCUGCGCCUGGAAGAAGUGUCCCCCGACGUGAUGGCCCAGGUGCUGCACUACCUGUACACGUCGGAGAUCGCGCUGGACGAGGCGAGUGUGCAGGAGCUGUUCGCCGCGGCGCACCGUUUCCAGAUCCCGUCCAUCUUCACCAUCUGCGUGUCCUUCCUGCAGAAGCGCCUGUGUCUUGCCAACUGCCUGGCAGUCUUCCGCCUAGGCCUCCUGCUCGACUGCGCGCGCCUCGCCGUGGCCGCCCGCGACUUCAUCUGCGCCCGCUUCGCGCUCGUGGCGCGCGACGCCGACUUCCUCGGGCUCUCGGCGGACGAGCUCAUCGCCAUAAUUUCCAGCGAUGGCCUCAACGUGGAGAAGGAGGAAGCGGUAUUCGAGGCAGUGAUGCGGUGGGCCGGCGGCGGCGACGCGGAGACUCAGGCUGAGCGCCAGCGCGCGCUGCCCACCGUCUUCGAGAGCGUGCGCUGCCGCCUGCUCCCGCGCUCCUUCUUGGAAAGCCGCGUGGAACGCCACCCGCUGGUUCGCGCCCAGCCGGAACUGCUGCGCAAGUUGCAGAUGGUGAAGGAUGCGCACGAGGGCCGAAUUACCGUGCUCCGCAAGAAGAAGAAGGAGAAGAAAGAGAAGGAGGGAGCCGGAGCCAAGGCGACUGAUAAGGGCAUAGGCAAGGCCAAGGCCGAGCCCGAGGCCGAGAAGGAGGACGAGGAGGAGGGCGAACGUAUCCUCCCCGGGAUCCUCAACGACACCCUGCGCUUCGGCAUGUUCCUGCAGGACCUCAUAUUUAUGAUCAGCGAGGAGGGCGCCGUGGCCUACGACCCGGCCGCCAACGAAUGCUACUGUGCCUCCCUCUCCACCCAGAUCCCCAAGAACCAUGUCAGCCUCGUCACCAAGGAGAACCAGAUCUUUGUGGCCGGAGGUAUCUUCUACAACGAGGACAGCAAAGAGGACCCCAUGAGCGCAUACUUUCUGCAGUUUGAUCACUUGGACUCCGAGUGGCUCGGGAUGCCGCCGCUGCCCUCGCCGCGCUGCCUCUUCGGCCUGGGAGAGGCUCUCAACUCCAUCUACGUGGUCGGCGGCCGAGAGCUAAAGGAGGGCGAGCUCAGCCUGGACUCGGUCAUGUGCUACGACCGGCUGUCGUUCAAAUGGGGCGAGUCGGACCCGCUGCCUUAUGCCGUGUACGGCCACGCGGUGCUCUCUCAUAUGGACCUUGUCUACGUCAUUGGUGGCAAAGGCAGCGACAGGAAGUGCCUGAACAAGAUGUGCGUCUAUGACCCCAAGAAGUUCGAGUGGAAGGAGCUGGCACCCAUGCAGACUGCCCGCUCACUCUUUGGGGCCGCGGUCCAUGAUGGUCGCAUUUUUGUAGCUGCUGGGGUCACCAACACUGGGCUGACCAGUUGCGCUGAGGUGUACAACAUUGCAGACAACAAGUGGGCACCCUUUGAGGCCUUCCCGCAGGAGCGCAGCUCCCUCAGCCUUGUCAGCCUGGCGGGCACCCUUUAUGGCAUCGGCGGCUUUGCCACACUGGAGACGGAGUCUGGGGAGCUGGUCCCCACAGAGCUCAAUGACAUCUGGAGGUACAACGAGGAGGAAAAGAAGUGGGAGGGAGUCCUGCGGGAGAUCGCCUAUGCAGCAGGAGCCACCUUCCUGCCUGUGCGGCUCAACGUGCUGCGCCUGACCAAGAUGUGACCAGCUCAGAGCACCCACCCCAAGCACCCCCCAUCCUGCAGCCACACAGGCCUGGCCUCAAGGGGAAUGCAGGGGCGAAUCUGGAAGAGGCCAGAGCCCCCCUGGACCCCAUCAUGGUGCUUGAGUGGCCACUUGACCAGGGAAAGAAAACUGCUGCCCACUGGUAGCCUUCAGGCAGAGAUGAGAAGACUUCCAGGCCUCGCCAGUGUCUCCAUAUCCCCCACUGGGCCUUCUUGGUUUAUGAACCAGAACCACUGGGGGUGCCCUGUGCUGAGUCCUGGCCCUGCCCCAGCCUGGCUGUGUGUGCUGGGUAAAGUUCCCCAUAGGACCCGGUCUCCUUGCCUGUCAGAUGGGGAAUGUCCCCACCAAGCACACCUCGCAGUGUGGAUAAGUCUCCUUUAAGAAGAAUAAAGUGCCUUCUAA